AUGAAACCCGUCAUCACUUCGUUAUCAAUGCCUCUGUCUUUAUUACAAACGGAAAUCAAUCUUAUUCAAACUUUCCCCUCUCUUUGUACUUGUUUCAUUCCAGCUGAUGACAAUCGACUUCAUCCAUCCAAAGAAUUCUCGCGCCACAGCAGAAUCCAACCGCGGCUUGCUCACGGCCGCCACAAACGUUCACUAGCGAGCACCCGUGAAGAGAGCGGGCUUCACGCGUCGCACCUAACACUAACCUAUAGGCUAAGUCAACAAGAUGUGAUAUUAGAUUUACAAUUAAACGAACAGCUGGUCCCGCGGGGCCAUUUUCUCCGUUAUCAACUGCCGAAUGGGGCCGGUACGGCCGUCGAGCGGUACAACCGUACCGACCAGGUGGAUCUGUGCCACUACAGGGGUAAAAUCCGAAACAAUCCAGAGUCCAGUGUGGCCCUGUCAACCUGCCGCGGUGUCCGCGGAGUGGUCUACGAUGGACAGGAAACGUACUACAUCGAAAGCGAUGUCCCAGUGGAGGGGGAUUCCAAUAGUAUAGACCUAGCCGAUCAUUAUAUUUAUCGACACUCUGAUCUACUGUCACAUGGGAAAUGUGGUUACGAUGGAGGUGCCAAUCAUACACACGAUCCCGAGCUGCAUCGGGAAUCGGAGUUUCAGCGAUUAUCAAGGCACAAACGGGCCGCCCCAAGCAAAUCGUCCUCAACCAUCCGCGGCCCGUACAAUGCCAACAAACACUCCAGCUACGUCGAGCUGGUCAUCGUCAUCGACAACAAGAUGUUCAAGAGCAUGAAGGAGAACUUCAAGGUGAUCCAGCAGUACUGCAAGGACAUCACCAACAUCAUCAACGCGCUGUACGAACCGCUGAACAUUUUCAUCGGGCUGGUGGGCGUCGUCAUCUGGAACGAGGCGAACGAGAUCGAACUGUCCAGCGAUGGGGAGAUCACGCUGAAGAACUUCCUGCACUACCGCAAGAAGGUGCUUUCCAAGGAUCACCCGAACGACAAUGCGCAGCUGUUCACGAAGGAACACUUUGAGGGGGGCGUCGUGGGGAAGGCGCUCAAGGGCCCGAUCUGUACGUACGAGUUCAGCGGCGGAGUGGAGAUGUAUCAUAGUGAGGUGAUCGGGGUGCAGGCCACGACGGUUGCGCACGAGAUGGGACAUAACUUCGGAAUGGAGCACGACACGCCGGACUGUCACUGCGAGGACGAACGGUGUAUUAUGUCCGCUUCCAGUUCUUCGAUCGCGCCGAAGCACUGGAGCAGUUGCAGCAUUGACCAGCUGAAUUUGGCUUUUCAUCAUGGCAUGAACUAUUGUUUGAAGAACAAACCGACGCAGCUGUUUGACUCGCCGGUAUGUGGCAAUGGGUUUGUUGAGCACGGGGAACAGUGUGACUGUGGUCUUCCGGAUUAUUGCAAAAAUUCGUGCUGCAAUCCGAGGACCUGUAUGCUGCAUUCGAAUGCUUCUUGUGCAACGGGUGAGUGUUGUGACCUGGACAGUUGCAAACCGAAAACGGGAGGCACGGUCUGCAGAGAAGCGGAAGGAGAAUGCGAUCUGCCGGAAUAUUGUUCUGGGGAGUCCGAAUACUGCCCGAACGAUGUCUUCAAAAGGGAUACGGAGAUUUGCGACGACGGGAAGGCGUUCUGCUACAAGGGGUCCUGCAGAUCGAGGAACGAUCAGUGUCGGUUGCUGUGGGGUCCAACGGGGAAGUCAUCCGAUCAGUGUUAUAAGAAAAACGAGGAGGGUACCAGGCAUGGCAAUUGUGGAUACAAUCGAGUGAAGAACGAGUACGACAAGUGCGGUGAGGGGGAUGUGUUUUGCGGAAUGUUACACUGUCGGCACCUGAACGAGCGGUUGGAGUUCGGAAUGGAAUCGGUGGCAAUCCUGUCGCACAGCUUUAUGACUUAUAAUGGGAGUGUGAUUCCUUGCCGAUCGGCGAUCGUGGACUUGGGGCUGCAGAAGGUCGAUCCCGGAUUGGCUCCGGAUGGGGCCAAGUGUGGCGAAGGGAAGAUGUGUCUGAACCAGCAGUGUAUGGCCGUAGAGAGUCUUCGAGCGCAAGGUAACGGGGUGGAAUGUCCGGAGAACUGCAAUGGCAACGGAAUCUGUAACAGCGAGGGACACUGCCAUUGCAACAAAGGAUUCGGACCGCCCUUCUGCAACAGUCCCGGAAAUGGAGGCUCAGAAGACAGUGGGCCGGCAUCGGAUCCAAAUGCUGGCAGCGGCUUCACGCGGUUUCUGUACAUCUUCUUCUGCGGAGUGGUCCCAACCUGUUCGAUAUUUGCCUUCGCGGUUUACUACCUGCGUCAGCAUCAUGGUGCGGUCACCAAAAAGCACCGCAAGCCACCGUCCGUGUACGUACAACAAACCAAGCGUUCGCUUUGCAAUGUGUUCCAAGCGUGCCGAAUCGCUUCUUCCGCUCAUUCUCCUUCUCCAUCUUCUGGUUCCGCCGGAAAUAGUAGAUCCUACCCUAAAACUUCCACCAAACCGCAUGUUCAAAUCAGUGGCUUGCAGUUGGUUUCGAGUACUAAUCCUGAGUUACUAAACACAAGCACGGAGUUGCAUCUUUAGUUGGUUAAGAAAUAAAUGGUGUUUUGUUAAAAAGUCAGUUCGCUUCUUGUCAUAAAAAUAUGCUUAAAAUCUUAUUUUAAAACAUUCAUUAGUAUUAAGACGCAUGAUUUUAAUUUUGUUCCUAGGCUAGUCUUACGUAUGUGUUCGCU